UAAAUCAUGAUGACAGCUUGAGUUGGGCCGCCGCAGUUCUGGGUUGCUGUUGUGUUUUACGGAUCUCUUUCAGUUAUUUGACUCAUUAUUAUUUAAAACGUUUUCAGAUAUAGAUACAAAAGUGAAGAGAUCGCUUAAUACUGCGUAAAAAUUGUUUAUAUUGCUGUAAACUCAGUGACUUUAAGACAUUUCAGUGACACUUUUGUAACUGAUAGUGCAAAUAGGCAAUGCAGUGUUCGCUAUCGAGUUGAUUUUGUUAGUAAAUUGUGAAUCAGUUACAGUAAGAUGGGGAAAUUAUUGAGUUUGUUGUCUCGGGACGACUCAAAUUGUUGUUCGUCGCCACGUUACGAUAUUUUUUUGGAUUUCGAGAAUGCCGCGCCCACGGACACUGAGCGCGCCGUGUAUGAGGAAGUUCAAAGGGUGCUUCUAGACUCUGAGAAAAUACUCGAAGAGAUACAAUGUUACAAAGGAGCUGGGAAAGAGAUACGGGAGGCUAUAGCGGACCCGUCUCGAAUAUCGCAGGAGCGAGCUUGGCGCGCCGUGAGACCGCUCGUUGACAAACUCUUGCGCUGUUACAACCACUCUAUUCAGCUGCAGCGGGUAGUCCCACGACUUUUGGGAUCACUAGUGGGUGGCGCGAUGAGUCCCACGCAGCACCUUGAGCAACAGCAAGCCCUAGUCAAGCAGUUCGCAGAAAUAUUAGAAUUUGUACUCAAAUUCGAUGAAUACAAAAUGAAGACACCAGCUAUACAGAACGACUUUAGCUACUACAGACGAAGUGUUUCGAGAGGAGGUCUGAUUAACGCAGAACUACCACCGGGGGAAGAACCGCACAUAACAGCAGAAGUGGCCAACAGAAUGUCCCUCUUCUACGCACAAGCCACGCCGAUGCUAAAAGUCCUUUCCGAAGCCACGAGCCAGUUUGUCAAUGAAAAUCAACCAGAUUUGGAGAAUACGACGGAAACGCUCAGUACUAUGGCCAAAGUGUGUCUAAGGAUGUUGGAGAAUCCAAAACUCGUCGCCCAGUUCAGUCGUGAGGAAACGUCCUUACUAGUGCUACGCGUGAUGGUAGGUCUGAUCAUCCUGUACGACUGGGUCCACCCCUCCGGUGCCUUCUGCCGCUCCUCGUCAGUCGACGUGAAGGGCUGCGUCAAGUUCCUGCAACAACAGCCGCCGACGAAGGCAGAACCUCUCCUCAACGCCCUUAGGUAUACGACGAAGCAUUUAAACCAUCAGUCGACGCCGAAGAAUAUCAGGACACUGCUGGCCGCGUGAGGACAGCACUCGAGCCUUGCAUGUUGCUGUGGGGAAUGAUGCGACAAUAAUUACCUGUGGGGAUACCUCGGCACGCCUUUAUUUUGCUCCUUAGCGAUACCUAGUUGACGGCAGAAUUACGCAAACAAUAUUAAUAGAUAAAACCCAAAACUAACGCUUUAAAAACUUUGUGAUUUGACUAAGAAAUGUUAAAUUACGCCCAAUUCUGGCGUCAACUGUACAUUUAGUAACAUCUAUCUCUCAUCGUUCAUUGUCCGAACAUAAAAUGACCACUGACCAUAAUGUAACGAAACUAGUAAUUUAUAAGUAAGGUAAUAAAUAAUAAGUAAUUAAAUAAUUCCUGAAAGAAAUAAUAAUAAUCAAAUUAGGAUAUGGCCCUGUGUCAUUCGGAUGAGAGAAUAUAACGUGUCGCCUUACAUUUUUAUUAUUUUCGUUACCAAAUUCCUACAGGUGAACAAAAUGUGUACUAAUAACCUGUAAUUUAUUAUUUACUCAAUUAAAUUAACAUUAAUAAUUUUACUUUGGAUGUAUUUUAAAAAUGAAUUUUGUAUGAAGGAAUGGAUAUAUGUACUCAAAAUUAUAUUUUUCUUACUUUCAUAGUUAGCAUGCUUGAAAAGCAAAUUUUUAAGAAGUAUAUUAUAUUGAGAAGCUAUCCCUACACUCCCACAUUCGUGCAAGGUUUCAUUAGAAUCGUCUCAACACAAGUUUAGCUGUCAGUCGCAACUCGUAAUUAGCUCUUAACUAUGAUAGGAAGCUUAGACACCUCUAAUGUGUAACGUUAUUGAAAAGGAAGUAUUAUUUACAAUUUAUUCUACUAUAUAUAAAGCAACCUUGGAUCAUAUUGAUUGGUUACCAUGUACUUUACACACAAAUAUGAAUUGUUAUUGUUUAAAUGAGCGUUAAGUGAUUUCUCCUUAGUAAGUUUAAUCCUAAGCAUCGCCGAAUCAUGAAAACAAUUAUUCUAUAUUCAUUUUGAAGUUUGAGUAAAAAUAUUAGAUAAUUGAUUACAUACUUAGUGAUUCUUAGAUGAAAAGGAUAUUAUGACUAUGUUGUGCUCAUGAAACGAUUGACCCAGUGUCGAAUGGUAUUAGAUAUUGUAAAAUUUUAUAUACAUAGCACAAAUUUUAUUGUUAAGCACAUCCCUACCGGGAAGUCAGUAUGUGUAAGAGAUUCGGUUCCAAAGAUUUAUUACAAACGUUAAUUACUACUUGUUUCGCUCAUAACAUUAUUUCGCGUUUUUUUUAAAGACUGAGGUAGACACUCGCGAAUAUUUUAUUGCAUUUCUCUUCUAUACAGUUCAAUUUCUUUCAAAUAAGAAUUCAGAAAUGUAUAUUUCACGGAACUAUGCCUUAUUGGAUAGGAAGAAAGGCGUACCUAUAGCGAAUAUGAGUAAUUUCAAAGCCUUUUCUAAAAUUAUUAUAAAGUGUUAAGUAUGUCGUGUUAACAAUGUUGAAUUUAUGCAUGUACCACUGCCUUGAUGUUAACUAUAUAACAUAAUAAUUUUAAAUUGAAUUUAUAGGUAAUGUAAUAUGUUUCACUAUUGAUGUAUAAACUCAAUUGUAAGUCUAAUUAUUAAGCAUGUACUGUUUAUUUACAAGUAAUACAAGUUUAUAAGUAUUUACAUCAUUCCCCAGUUCCGUGUAGCUGUGGCUAGACGACAAUCACCAUGCAGAACCUACAAGAAACCGAUGGAAUAAAAAAAAACACUUUCGUAAUACAUAGUUGAAUAGAAACACAAAUCUGAUGAUAGGACGCCUGGUGUACAGCAGGCCUUAGUGUUAAGUUUGCAAAUGAUAAUAAUUUUGUUAACCCUUUCACUAUUUAUACGUAUUGGUAACAUAGCGUCGGUAUAUCACUAAGCACAAACACUUGUCUUACGUGUAUAGUAUGUUAGACUUAAUAUAAUUAACUUAGGAUGGUUAGUUACAUUACCUGCACAGUCAGCACAACACUCUAUUAUAGUUAUUAUAUUAAUAUCCUUGUUGAAUAUUAUCUCGUAAUUGCGACUGUUGCUUGCAAGAAGUAGGAUCGACUCCGGCGUGCACUCCGAAUUGCAUUUACUGUGAGGAAUUGAAGGAUUGAAUAAAUAAUAUCGUUCCCUAAAUAAACACUGCCCAAGUAAGAAAAUUUUAUACAAUAUUUUUUUAAUAAACGAUAAGUUUUCUAAAAUUAUUCCAAGAUAUAAUAAUUCCAAUUACUCCAUGUUGAGUCUAAGCAUACUUUGAGCAAAAUUAGUAGUGUCUAGUUGGGCAAAACUAAAAGUAUUGAAUGCUUAUGAUUGUAGAAGAUAAAAUUAUAGAAAGGGCCUCUCGUAGGGUCACUAUGAAUGUUUGUGAGUAGUCAAAAGAAGCUGUAAUAGUAAUAUUUACUUUUAAAACGAUUAUUUACUUGCAUUAUUUACUCAGAAAUUAUUACUGGCAUUUGUUAAUACUUUAGCUAAAUCUUUAGUAAAUUCUUCUAGUAAAAGUUAUUAAAUGAAAUACAUAAUAUGUACUAGUUAUGAAAAUUGUUGUAUGUAUUAUUUUAACUGCAACAUUUCGUUAUUGUUUAAGGUGGUUUUGUAUGAUAGACCUAUUUUUCUUAGUUAUCAUUUAUUUAUUGUAUAUAAUAAACACACCAAAGUUAUAAGUAAUGAAUAAACUUGGAUAGAUUCUUGUAAA